GGCUAGCUGGAGCGCUGCCGCUAGAGGGUUGCUGUUCUGGGGCGUGGGUGGCUGCAGGACGUGCGGCUCGGGGUCGGGGUGGGCGCCGGGAGGGAGCUGGGCGGCAGGAUGAUGGAGGAGGAGGAACUGGAGUUCGUGGAGGAGCUGGAAGCCGUGCUCCAGCUCACGCCCGACGUGCAACUCGCCAUCGAGCAGGUAUUUCCAAGCCAGGAUCCUUUAGAUCGAGCAGAUUUCAAUGCUGUGGAGUAUAUCAACACCCUGUUCCCAACAGAGCAAUCUCUGGCAAACAUCGAUGAAGUCGUGAACAAAAUUAGACUGAAAAUAAGGAGACUGGAUGACAACAUUCGAACUGUCGUAAGAGGUCAAACAAAUGUGGGGCAGGAUGGCCGGCAAGCACUUGAAGAGGCCCAGAAAGCGAUUCAGCAACUCUUUGGAAAAAUCAAAGAUAUCAAGGACAAAGCAGAAAAAUCGGAGCAAAUGGUGAAGGAAAUCACCCGCGACAUCAAGCAGUUAGAUCACGCCAAACGCCACCUGACCACCUCGAUCACGACGCUGAACCACCUGCACAUGCUGGCGGGCGGCGUUGAUUCCCUCGAAGCCAUGACCAGGAGAAGGCAGUAUGGAGAAGUUGCUAAUCUUCUUCAGGGCGUAAUGAAUGUUCUGGAGCACUUCCACAAAUAUAUGGGAAUUCCACAGAUCCGGCAGCUUUCUGAAAGAGUGAAGGCCGCCCAGACCGAGUUAGGACAGCAAAUCCUGGCUGAUUUCGAAGAAGCAUUUCCUUCCCAGGGUACCAAGAGGCCAGGAGGACCCAGCAAUGUCCUACGAGAUGCUUGUCUGAUUGCUAAUAUUUUGGACCCCAGAAUCAAACAGGAAAUCAUCAAAAAGUUUAUUAAACAGCAUCUGUCAGAAUAUCUAGUACUUUUUCAAGAAAACCAAGAUGUUGCCUGGCUGGACAAGAUUGACCGGCGCUAUGCCUGGAUCAAGCGCCAGCUUGUGGACUAUGAGGAGAAAUACGGCCGGAUGUUCCCACGUGAGUGGUACAUGGCGGAGAGGAUUGCAGUAGAAUUUUGCCACAUCACAAGGACAGAACUGGCCAAGAUCAUGCGUACCAGAGCUAAGGAAAUUGAAGUGAAAUUGCUUCUCUUUGCUAUUCAAAGAACGACUAACUUUGAGGGGUUUCUUGCAAAACGCUUCUCCGGGUGUACCCUGACAGAUGGAACUCUGAAAAAACUCGAGUCUCCACCCGCAUCCACCAACCCCUUCCUGGAAGAUGAGCCAGCACCAGAGAUGGAGGAACUGGCGAUGGAAAAAGGAGACGUAGAGCAACCAAAGAAGCCUAAAGCCCCAGACAAUCCAUUUCACGGCAUUGUUUCCAAGUGUUUUGAGCCUCAUCUCUACGUGUAUAUUGAGUCCCAGGACAAAAACCUUGGGGAGCUGAUAGAUCGGUUUGUGGCCGAUUUCAAAGCCCAGGGGCCCCCUAAGCCCAACACGGACGAGGGGGGCGCCGUGCUCCCCAGCUGUGCCGACCUCUUUGUCUACUACAAGAAGUGUAUGGUGCAGUGCUCGCAGCUCAGUACCGGGGAGCCGAUGAUCGCCCUGACCACUAUUUUCCAGAAGUACCUCCGAGAGUACGCCUGGAAAAUCCUCUCUGGCAACCUGCCCAAAACCACAAGCAGCGGCGGUGGGUUGACCAUCAGCAGCCUCCUCAAGGAAAAGGAGGGCUCAGAAGUGGCCAAGUUCACCCUGGAGGAGCUCUGCCUCAUCUGCAGCAUCCUGAGCACUGCAGAGUACUGCUUGGCCACCACGCAGCAGCUGGAAGAGAAACUCAAGGAGAAGGUCGACGUAAGUCUGACUGAACGAAUCAACCUGACUGGAGAAAUGGACACAUUCAGCACUGUCAUCUCCAGCAGCAUUCAGCUGUUGGUUCAGGAUCUCGAUGCUGCCUGUGACCCCGCCCUGACAGCCAUGAGCAAGAUGCAGUGGCAGAAUGUGGAGCAUGUUGGUGACCAGAGCCCCUACGUCACCUCUGUCAUUCUUCACAUUAAACAGAACGUCCCCAUCAUCCGUGACAACCUGGCUUCCACGCGGAAAUACUUCACGCAGUUCUGCAUUAAAUUUGCAAACUCCUUCAUUCCCAAGUUCAUCACCCACCUCUUCAAGUGCAAGCCAAUUAGCAUGGUGGGAGCAGAACAGCUGCUGCUGGACACCCACUCGCUGAAGAUGGUCCUGCUCGAUCUGCCUUCCAUCGGCUCUCAGGUGGUGAGGAAAGCCCCAGCCAGUUACACAAAGAUCGUGGUGAAAGGCAUGACCCGAGCGGAGAUGAUCCUCAAGGUCGUGAUGGCCCCUCACGAGCCGUUGGUGGUGUUUGUGGACAACUACAUCAAACUCCUGACGGACUGCAACACAGAAACCUUCCAGAAGAUCCUGGACAUGAAGGGGCUGAAGAGGAGCGAGCAGAGCAGCAUGCUGGAGCUCUUCCGCCAGAGGCUCCCCGCCCCGCCCUCAGGGCCCGAAGGCUCCGGCUCGCUGUCCCUCCUGGCUCCAACUCCAGAACAGGAGUCAUCUCGCAUCCGCAAACUGGAGAAGCUAAUUAAAAAGAGACUGUAGGAGCGUCCAAGGGGCACUUUUCCCCCUGGCCAGUGACCCCCCCCACCCGCACCCAGAUCCCCGGAAGCCCCCCACCUCUCCUGUGCUUCCCCGACUCUCAGAUCAUCAGUCUUGAAACUUCCUGGGGCAUUUGGGUCAUUCACAUGUUUCUCCCAUGUCCUGUCUUAAUUCCUGUCCUAAUCGGAGAAGACGGGUAACAGCCAGAUUAUAAAAAGGCAGUCGAGAUGGUCCCUGAUUCCUGCAGCAGAGGCAGCUGGGGGUGAAGGUUCCGUGUGCUUCACUUGCUGGUCCCGGGCUGCUCCCGACUGGUCCAGUUGUCGCUGACUCUGUAGCCUCACCCCCGCAGUCACACCCUCUGGCAUGUGGUCCUGUUCCUUUCCAUGCUUCUAUCCCAGCACCGUGGGUGAGAAAGCCUGGAACUCACCCCUUCCUCCACCUGCAGCUGUGUGAGAUUCCCUCUGCGGCCGGACCCUUAAGAGAUGUCCUCUGGGCUUGGCUCUAGGGCCCAAGUUAUGAAGUGGAAGAUUACAGGUGUGACGGAAGAAAGAGGUGUGGCCUUUAGCUAAGCCCUAGUAGGAAAAGCUGGCUAAAUAAGAAAAGCGCUGGAAGGGCAGGGAAGGGGCUGGGGGGGCACCUGGGCAGCUCAGUCGAUAGAUUUCACUCUGCCCAGAUAGCCAUGGUGUGGCUCUGGUAAAGUUAUCCAGCCCGAGCUAAUUGAGGUUAACAUUCUCUUCCCACUCUUGAAAGAAGGGGUGAUGGGCCCAUCUCCAAACAGCCACUUCAGCCAUCUGUCCUCGGCCUGGGAGCUGGAAACCCAGUGGACUCGCACACCUGGUUCUUGUCACUCUCAGUGUUUACAGAUCCACACUUGUCUUUGUGUUUCAUUCACGAGGAGUCAUUUUCUGGAAGUCUCCAUAAUGGCAAUGAGAUGUCAAGCUGCUGUUUUGCCCCCUGGGUGGUGGUCACUGCCAGGGAAGUUGCUUUCUUGAUUUAUUACACUGUCAGUAGUCUCCAAGGAGCCAGCAGAAGUCAGUAGGAGUUACGUUAAGUGUCUUGUUGAUGGGCGCUGCAUGCCCUGUGUGCGUCCUGUACAGACAGCAUGUUUCUCAUCUGGGGGGUUUGCAUCAGAAUCACCUGGGGCUCUUUUUUUUUUUUUUUACAAGUACAGAUGCAUGGAGAUUGUGAAUCAGUUAAGUCUGGAGUGGGGCCCAGCAUCUAGGUUUAAAAGUUCCAUAGGUGAUUAUAAUGCUUACUUCUUGUGAAGAACCAUUGUAACAGAAAUUUGCUUUAUUGAAGGGUUCCUAUUGCACAUUUUCAUAAAUGUAUAUUUUUUCUGACUCUAAGCAAGUGUAAUUACUGUAUAAUUGAGCUGGUACCCAAAUGGUAAAGAUUUUUUUUUUGCUGAUAGCCAGCAGCUUGAGUUUUGAAUUUGUGUUGGUGGUAGGGACCAUGGCAGAAAUCAUGCUGUCCCCAUACUGACUAGGAUUCUUCUUGUUCUGAUGAUCAAGCCCCAAACAGAAGGUUUAUUUAUUACUGUCACUUUGAAAUAAUAUAUAUAAAGGAGCCCUCAUUGAUAAAAACAGUAGCUAACAACUCUGUUAUUCAGUUAAAUUAUAUAGAUACUGUACCGGUUCCUUCCCUCCGCUUUCUCUAGCCCCUUAAAAAAAAAACAAAAAUAACCUUAAAGUCACCUUAUGUGGUUAAAAUAAAUAUUCAUAAUUUAUAAUUGAUAAA